AUGGUGGAAGGUCAGACGAGCAACAGGAAUGAGGCCGCAUUAUCAUCCAAGAGAACGUCUAAAACUGUCAAAAAUUCCCCUAUUACCUCAAGAUCAAUCACACUAUCUUUCGAAACAUAUGCAAUUUCUAAACCAAUUACACCUACCCUCUCUUCUUUUUCUCAAAGCACCAAUAUCAUCAAUAUAACUAUUAAUUACGCUGGUGCUGAUUUCAAGUCUGAUGCUAAAGUUUCCGCUCAAGUCUAG